AUGUUCGUUCUUCCCUUGCUCAUAAUUCCGCCCACAGAAGCACAGUCCAAGCUUACAUAUAAUGAGCCAACCACAGGACUCGCAAUAGCUGAUGCUACCGCUGAUUCCGACGGGACAACGAUAGUCUGUCUCAAAAGACUUGUAGAUACACAAUGUUAUUAUUAUCUAAGAGUCUUCUUCCCGAACAACACCAUAAUCACACCGACCUUUCAACUCCCUCUUGACGUUUCCAAUUGCGUUAAAAUUCAAAUGACCGUGUUGACAAAGGGAUUGUUGUAUUUGACUUACCUGAGACAAAUCGGAAACUCUAGUUUUGAGCAAUAUGGAAUUCCCGUCGCUUAUAACGGGACAUUAGGGGUGCCGACAUUAUUAGCAAAUCUUAACGAUACACAUUCUGGUCGCAUUUUCAAAAGUAUGGCGCCCGAAGACUCUGGUUUUCUCUUUGUACAACCAGUGGCUAACGCCAUAAUUUGGCAACGAUAUUCCAUUGAUACCAAAGUUGGGGUUGCUGAGCGUUCUGCCAACGGUACCUUUGCUCCUAGGAACGGUUCCCAGAUACGAGAUUUUAGAAUAUUUAGCACGGUUAACGGCGGUUUCAGUUGUGUGUUCUCUACAGAGACUCUGAACGAGUACGGUGCACAAAUCGACAACGAGGCACGGUUGGAACUAGAAAUAGUGUUUUUCGAUCCAGGCUCCAUUCAAGUUACCAAACCCACUACUAUAUACACGGGCCCAUUAGGUAUAGACAAAAUAACCCUUGGCGACUGUGGUUUGUCGUUUAACGGAUGCAGUUACUCUUGCCUGUUGUUGAUUUCGACGGGUCGGAAUCAGAUACUGCAUCAAGUGAAUUUCCAUUCGACUCGACCUGGAGCUAACAACGUCGACUUGCAAACUGCUUCCGAUGAUAUCGUUGGUGUUGACAAAAUAAGAUCUUUGUUCAACGGAGGAUACUUGUUACUUUAUCAUUUUGUAAAAAACGGCCAGACGUUUAUCAAAAGAGCAAAAAUGAUUGAUCCAGAAGGUCAAUCAGUACAAACGAUACCGCUCGCUAAACCGGUGAAAAUGAUACACGUCUAUCCAAGAAACAACACCAUCUGGUAUUGGGAGAGUAACUCGGCGCAAUCUUGGUCCAUUGUAUCUUAUAAUCCCAAAUAUAUGAAUGACGAUAAUAACUACCAAAGCCCAAACGUAAAUACAACUACACCUCCAAUUGGCGGUGAAAUUGCAACUCGCAGUACCACUAUAAACAUUACGUACAACGUACCGGUCAAACCAGCGGCGGGGAACGUUACGAUAUAUGCGACUGAUGGUGUAAAUAAAUACUUCCGUCAGUCAUAUUCGCCAAUUUUUUCCCAAUACAGUCAAUCGGACGAGAGCAACCAAACGCUGACUUUGGAUGUAUUGACCAGCACUUUCAAUCAACCAAACAUGACUUAUUUCGUGACAUUGGACAACGGAUUUGUAGAGUCGAUGGAAGAUAGCGAGCCGAUUCUUGGAAUUUCUGACGGGAAAUGGAAAUUUCGGACAGCUUCAACACCGCCCAACAAUGUCUACGUACCCUCUGAGACGAUAUCCGUCUGCCUAAAUUCUAUGGGCACUUCUCGCUUUCUAAAGUUUUCCAAGUCUGAACGAUCGGCAUUUGUUUCUUCACUCAGCAACACGCUCGCAUCUUUUGUUCCGAUAUCUCCUUCACGGUUAUCGAUCUCUGAGAAAUUUCAGAUGGAAUCUUACAAUGGCAAGAAACAGACGUUGCUGUUGAUUCAAGUUGGUGCUGCCACAAGUGAUACGGAAAUGGAUGCAAAGUCGGUGAUUGAUGACUUGACAGUCUUGAUCAAGAACAAGGGCAUUACGGCGGUUUCUCGAUUCCCGGAAACCAUGUUAAUAGACGAAGAAUUCGGUGUCCGUAUUGAACCCAACUUUUGGAAUAAAUAUAAACUAAAAAUAAUAGUUGCUGCUGUUAUAAUGCUACUGGUUGGGCUACUUUAUCUUUUGGCGCGUCGUCUUAACCCAGAGGCCAAUAAUGCAGCCAUUUUCACUCUCGUAUUGGCAUUGUAUGAUUUUGCUAUCGACUUUGCGUUCAUUGUACGAAAUGGUCAAGAUGUUCGACCAUUAUACCUACCAAGCAUUCUUAUUUUCGUGUUUUCAAUACUUUUUAACACAACAAUCGCUCUCUACAUCAUGAUCACUGAGAAUAUGCAGUCAUAUAAAUUCCAUAUUUGGACCCAAUCGUGCGCAAAGGGUGCUGCCGUCUUUACCGUCCUAUCCGCCGCAAACAUUGAAGUCUUGACCAUGACCAACAGUAAAUUGUAUAAAUCAGAUUAUUUUUCCGCGCCCCUCAGUGAGCAAAGCUUAAAGAUAAUCUUUUGGGCGAGCACUGCAAGUUUUUUCUUGGAAGAUGUGAUGCAGUUCAUUAUCCAGAUUAUUUACCAUAACAAAAGUUUCAUCGACGAUAUUGUCCCACUCUUAACUCUUUUCUCUUCGUCAGUAAUGCUCACGGUUAACCUAAUUAGUCGCAUGUACUACGGAAUCACUCUGAUACGUACUCGCAAGGAUGACGUUAUGCUUUCGGAUGAAUCUGUUUCUGGAAAAACUGCGGCAAGAGACUCGUCUAAAAUCUUUAGAAUAAUGAAAAAUGAACUUAAUUACCGUAGAAUGAAAUAG